GCGUCUUGUAGCGAAGCCAGCAGGUGCGGUGCUGGAGGCGACCCACCCGGCCAACCGCCGCCUCUGUGCCCGCGGGGCGAGCUCGCGAUGGGAGGCGCAGCCCGCGAGCGCGGGAGGAAGGACGCGGCGCUGCCGGGGGCCGGGCUCCCACCGCAGCAGCGGAGGCUGGGGGAUGGUGUCUACGAUACUUUCAUGAUGAUAGAUGAAACCAAGUGCCCACCCUAUUCAAACACACUUUGCAACCCCUCUGAAGCACCUGUCUCCAGAAGGCUAAAUAUUACCACUGAGCCAUUCACAAGAGGCCACACUCAGCACUUAGUGAAUGGAAGUGAGAUGAAGGUGGAACAGCUGUUUCAAGAAUUUGGCAACAGAAGAUCCAAUACUCUCCAGUCAGAGGGCACCAGCAACUCGGAAAAGUCCUCUCCGGCUUCUCAGGGGAAAAGUCCCGAAAGCCUGAGCACGGUGAAGUGCAGCCUUUCCACCAGGCCGUCUAAGGUGCUGCCGCUGACUCCCGAGCAGGCGCUGAAGCAGUAUAAGCACCAGCUCACCGCCUAUGAGCGGCUGGAGAUCGCCAGCUACCCAGAGAUCUACUUCGUGGGUCCGAAUGCCAAGAAGCGGCAAGGGGUUCUUGGUGGUCCCAAUAACGAUGGAUACGACGACGCAGACGGGGCCUAUAUUCAUGUGCCCCGGGAUCAUCUGGCUUACCGCUAUGAAGUGCUGAAAAUCAUUGGCAAGGGGAGUUUUGGACAGGUAGCCCGGGUCUAUGAUCACAAACUUCGGCAGUAUGUGGCCCUGAAAAUGGUGCGCAAUGAGAAACGCUUUCAUCGCCAGGCAGCCGAGGAGAUCCGGAUUUUGGAGCAUCUUAAAAAGCAAGACAAAACUGGUAGCAUGAAUGUCAUCCACAUGCUAGAAAGUUUCACCUUCCGGAACCACGUGUGCAUGGCCUUUGAAUUGCUAAGCAUAGACCUGUAUGAACUCAUUAAAAAAAACAAGUUCCAGGGUUUCAGCGUCCAGUUGGUUCGAAAGUUCGCCCAGUCCAUCCUGCAGUCCUUGGACGCUCUUCACAAAAACAAGAUCAUCCACUGCGACCUGAAGCCAGAAAACAUUCUCCUGAAACAUCACGGCCGAAGUGCGACCAAGGUCAUCGACUUUGGCUCUAGCUGCUUUGAGUAUCAGAAGCUUUACACGUAUAUCCAGUCCCGUUUCUACAGAGCCCCAGAGAUCAUCCUGGGGUGCCGCUACAGCACCCCGAUCGACAUAUGGAGCUUUGGUUGCAUCCUUGCAGAACUUUUGACAGGACAGCCCCUGUUCCCGGGAGAGGACGAAGGAGACCAGUUGGCCUGCAUGAUGGAGUUGCUAGGAAUGCCACCGCAGAAACUUCUGGAGCAAUCCAAACGUGCCAAGUACUUUAUUAACUCCAAAGGCUUGCCCCGGUACUGCUCCGUAUCUACCCAGACAGACGGGGGCGUGAUGCUUCUCGGGGGUCGCUCACGCAGGGGUAAAAAGCGAGGCCCGCCAGGCAGCAAAGACUGGGCAACCGCACUGAAGGGGUGUGAUGACUACUUGUUCAUAGAGUUUCUGAAACGAUGCCUUCAGUGGGACCCCUCUGCCCGCCUCACCCCGGCUCAAGCAUUAAGACAUCCUUGGAUUAGCAAGUCUACACCCAAACCUCUCACCAUGGACAAGGUGCCGGGGAAGCGGGUAGUUAAUCCUACAAAUGCUUUCCAGGGACUGGGUUCCAAGCUGCCUCCAGUCGUUGGAAUAGCCAGUAAGCUUAAAGCUAACCUCAUGUCUGAAACCAGUGGUAGUAUACCUCUGUGCAGUGUAUUGCCAAAGCUGAUUAGCUAGUGGAGACUGAUACAUACGUAUUUUUAAUUACCUUGCAAACAUGCAAAUGGAAAAUGGAAUAAUUGAAGCCCAUUCGCUGAUGGAUAUGUUUUUGUUAGACUUUUUUUUAACAAAGCAGAACAUUUUUAUAUGACUGUAAAAGAACGCUUCAAGGGCUAAUGUCUAGCCAGCUUGUAUUGGCCAUCUGGAGUAUACAUUAAAUGACUUUUUCAUAGGUCA